AUGAUUGGAACCAUCUGCAAUCCGCCGAAGCCGGGUGAACCCUCCUACGAGUUAUUCCUCACAGAACGCGACACUGUGCUGCGGGAUCUGGCCGAGAAGGCCAAGCUGACUACCGAAACCCUCAACUCCCUGGAGGGUGUCUCCUGCAACGCUGUGCAGGGCGCCAUGUACGCCUUCCCAAGCCUCAAACUGCCCGAAAAGGCUAUUCAGAAGGCUAAG